UGAUCUCGCGAGAUUGGCCGGGCUUCUCUCGGCGGUUGUUGUUGUGACCGCUUUUCUCGGGAACAUUUUCAUAACGUUACCAACGAACAAGUGGGAUAUAAGGCAACAAGUGGCUGGUUAUCUCGGUUUGGCCUGUGAAGAACACGGCCUAUACAGCUCCCAAGCCAGAAGCUGGGCGUUUCCAUAGUUACCUGCUGACCUGACUGACCUGUAGCCCGGGGGCGGCCCGGCCCGGCCCGGCGGUGGCGCGGGUCCUGGAGAAGCUCCGUGUUCAUUCUUAUUUGGAAGCGGAGAAACGGGCGGUGUGUUUCUUGUAUACGUGAACUGAGUUUUUUACGGGAACCUCGGAAGUCCCGGAGCAGAAUUCACCUUUUUACAAAGCUGAUCAUUUGAUUCUUUUGUAAGGUUUAAAAUGCCCAAUUGAAGAAAAUGACUGAUCUUGUGGCUGUCUGGGAAGUAGCGCUGAGUGACGGUGUGCACAAAAUAGAAUUCGAGCAUGGCACUACUUCAGGCAAACGAGUGAUAUAUAUAGACGGAAAGGAAGUGAUGCGUAAGGACUGGAUGUUUAAACUAGUUGGGAAAGAAACGUUUAAUGUUGGGGCCACUAAAACAAAAGCAACAAUCAAUAUUGAUGCAGUUAGUGGGUUUGCUUAUGAAUACACAUUGGAGAUCAAUGGGAAGAGCCUUAAAAAAUACAUGGAGAACAGGUCAAAGACCACAAAUACAUGGUUGUUAAAUCUGGAUGGAGUGGAUUCUCGAGUAGUGUUGGAGAAAGACACCAUGGAUGUUUGGUGCAAUGGGAACAAAAUGGAGACAGCUGGUGAAUUUGUGGAAGAUGGCACAGAAACCCACUUCACUGUUGGUAACCAUGAAUGCUGCAUCAAAGCAGUCAGCAGUGGGAAGCGAAGAGAAGGAAUUAUUCAUACUCUUAUUGUAGAUGACCAGGAAAUCCCAGAAACUACAGAGUAACUUCCUGUGUUCCAGCUGCGCACACUUGCAAACAAUACAUUUGAACAUUAUAUGGCCCAUGGUGAAACUUAUUGUAACAAAGGAAAUUAGCAUGUGAGGAAAAACAAAUGAGGAAAUGCAAAUUCAGUGCAAAAACUAUUAGGCGUCUCUGUGACCUUUAGAAAUGGUAGCUCUGUGAUGCUAUUCCAAAUCAUUCAAAAUUAGCUUUUUUUUAAUGAAUCUCGUUUCUAAAUUUGCUAGUUCCUUUAGUCAUGACCUGUGGUAUUAAGUUGUAAAUGAAAGAAAUGAUGCAUUAUGAAUUGGAUAUGUUUGAAAAAUAAAUGGUGUCCUGCAGCUUUCAGAUAUUUUUUAAUAAUACUUGCAUUUGAUAUAGCACUUUAUCACAUCUUCUCAAAGUGUUUCAUAAUUAAAACCUGGAAAUGAAUCAAAACCCAUUUUGACUUUCUAUGUGGGUCUCAGUCAAAAUCUUUGUGCUAUUUGUAAGCACCAUUACAGUGAUUUUUAUGCACACAAGAACCCAAAUCAGGAAAAAAAAUAGAAGGGAAGACAUGGAACCUAGCAUUUUUCGAAGCAUAAGUCAAAAGCUCCUCACUCUCAGAUCACAAUCAACAAAUGCAAGCCAUUGUGUCACAAAAUAACAUACUUGUCCUGAAGCAUGUUAUGUACACACAAUCCUGUGCAUUUGUACAUGUGUGUACUGUUGCAGGCUUAAGAUUUCAUCUGCAAGAUUACAAUUAGUACAUCAAUCAGCCAGAAUAGAAGCUGAUAAAGCUUUAAAAAAAUCAGGGUUUUUUUACUUUAAAAGUUCAUAAUUAUAUUGUAAUAUUAAAUACUAUUUAUUACUUUGUACUGAAGUUAACAGUAUACUGAAUUCCUAAUUUCUUAAAUGAAGACACAAAAAAAAUAAAGUAGGGAAACGAGCAAAGCCUUUUAGGCUGAUCAUCUAACAUUUACAUUGAUAGGUAUAGAGAAACAUUAAAGAAAUUCAGAGCCCAACAAUCAGCAUGUGGUAGAGAAAAAUAAAUUAGUUUCAGAUAAGACCCUUCCAUGAUGAAGAUGCUUGAAUUAUGAAUGCAUCAGAAAGUGAUGAACCUCUGAAUUUCCAAUAUUUGCAGUUUUUAAUUUCAAUAUUUGUCACUUAUCAAAUAUCCCAAUUCAAAACAAAUUAUAUAUUUGUAGUGAUCCAGACAUAGUUUUGCCAGGGAAAAUUCAGCUCUUUAAAACAGAAUGAUAAUCUAACUUGUGUAAAUGUUUGUGGAGGUUUUAUGUAAUAUACUUGGUUGGUAUCUAUGUCUAAGCAUGCAUAAUGCACGUUUUGUUUCCAAUUGAAUUUUAUGAUGCAGACUGAUUUUUUUAUAGAAUAUUUAAUACAAAUAAAUGUCAAAUAAAUUGCAA